AUGAGGCUCCUGGCUUCCGCGGCCGUGGCGGUUCUUCUGGCCCUGGUCGCGGCGUACGUCCAGCUUUCGAUAUCCAUAUCGCGCCUGCAGCAGAAACCCCUUCCCAGAGUCCAUUGCGAUCAAGAGGCUGGAGGCGAAGAAGCAGUGGCCAGAUUCGCCAAGCUGCUGACCUACAACACGAUCAGCAGCAUAGAUGCUCUCCAUCAUGUCAAUCAGCCUGCCGAAUUCGAGGCUGUCCACAAACACCUCAGGGAGUCCUAUCCAUUCGUCUGGACACAUGCAAAAGCCGAGCAGGUGUGCGAAUACAGCCUGUUGGUCACCUGGCAGGGUGCCAACGAGAGCGCACUGCCGGUACUGUUCGUGAGCCACGUGGACGUCGUCCCAAUUGGGGGCAACGAAGACAAAUGGACGCACCCGCCCUUUGGCGGGGUUGUUGCUGAUGGGUGCAUUUGGGGCCGUGGUGCAGUCGAUGUGAAGAUCAGCGUUGCUGCCAUUCUGGAGUCCUGGAACCAGCUCAUGAAAGAUGGGCACACCCCCGAAAGGACCAUGAUUCUGGCUGUUGGUCACGACGAGGAAACUUCUGGCCGCUUGGGCGCUGGCUGCAUGGCUGGCAUCCUGAAAGAUCGAGGUGUCACUCUGGAGGCGAUUUUUGAUGAAGGGGGUUGUGUGGCAUCGAGUGGCAUCUCAUUCAUUAAAAGCCCAGUGGCAUUGAUUGCCACCGCUGAAAAGGGCUACACCGACGUGCUCGUGGGCGUCCACUCUCCGGGGGGCCACUCCAGCAUGCCGCCAACUGACGGCUCAACCUCUGCAGCAAUCCUCUCCCGAGUCAUCAACCAUGCAGAGAACCACAGGCCCGCUGUGGCGUUGUUGCCGCCAGCGACCGACUUUGUGCAGUUCAUGGCGCCCUACGCGCCGCUGGCAAUCCGCCCCCUUCUCAAAUUCUGCGACAAGUGGCCGCUCAACUGGCUGGUGGCCCGCGUCCUGUAUCGCCUCUCCCCAGAAACUGCCGCCAUGGUGUCGACGACAGUCGCCACGACCAACGUGCGGGCGGGGGUGUCUGGAAACGUACUGCCUCUGGACGCGUCGGCGGUCUUCAACAUUCGGACACUGCCAGGUACGGUCCUGCAGGAACUGGUCGACUACUUCUAUGACGUCGGGCAGAGGGUCGCCGGCUCAGCUGCCGGAAAAAUCUCCGUUAAGCUGAGGCCACCAGAGAGCGGAGAAAUCGGGAACGACCCCUCGAACGUGACGUCAUCUUCUGGAAGCGCGUUCGCCACGCUGAUGCGGGCGGUGCAAGAGGCGAUGGUGGUCGAAGGCGAGGCCCCCGUGGUGGCUCCCUACCUUGUCAUGGGGGGCACGGACUCCAAGCACUACGCGGCCCUCAGCGUCGGCGGGACCCUCCGGUUCGUUCCCAUGGCCCUGGACAUCCGGGCUGGCGAGCUGGCCAGGGUGCACGGCAUCGACGAGCGCAUAGAGGUGCCUGCGUACAAGCAGGCCGUCUGUGCCUACAAGCAGAUCACCAAGCGAUUUGGAGCUGCGCAAUGGGCGGCCUGA